UUCCGGUUCUGGACGAUCAAUGCGAAGCUGAGAUUCUCAGCUUGGUGGCUUCUCGCUGUCUCCAUUCUGUCUUUUCCUGUCUUUCUUCGUUCUCGGGCUGUGUGCUGCGUGUGUUGAUUCGUUGACUUUUAAUACCACCCACGACCUGUCCAUACGGCCUAAACAUGGCGCAAUCGACAGAUUCCUUCGACGACUCCGGAUAUCAGCCUCAUCCCAUCCGACCCCCAGUGUCGAAGACCUCGGAAAGAGGGAGCUAUCGGCGACCCGACCACUGCAUGCCGUAUGUCGAGCUGCCAUCUCCAGCUUCGGAGUUUUCCGAUAGCUUCUACCGGUUAGGGGGGCGAUGUGUUCAGCGUAAGCGUGGAGGUGGGGUCAGCCGCGCAAGUGUAUCAACAUUCGACGAUGGCGGGUACGAUGAGUGGGCUGGUGCGCGCCCAGGUCGAGAGCCGUUCGACCUGAGGGAAAGUAGGGGAGAAGAGCCAUAUCGAGGUCACUCUGCACUUUCGAAGGAUGUUGGAGAGGUUGGUGUUGUUAGACGCUCACCCCAACCGCGUGUCUUGCCUCCGAACCCGUAUGAAGCUGCACCAGAUCAGCCGGAUCUCAAUUCCAAUCCUUAUCUGGCUGGCAAUGGAAACAUCCGUGGAGCUUUUGUCUACGCCAACCGAACAGCUACCAGCAUACCGACCCACGGGCAUCGUCACAUGUCUGCAUCUACCUUUAGCAGGGCCUCGCCGAAAUUCAGCUAUCCAAAUUUACCAGUGCAAACGGAACACCGGCCGUCUUCGGUGCAUCCUCACAGCAUCUGUGCCCAGAGCGAAUCCGGUACCCGACCUGCACUCACUCAGGAACUUGAAUACUCGAAAGACAGGACUCUGCAUGAACAACUCAACAGGUACUACUACGACAAAUAUCAGCAGGACGCUCGUCGAUACUACGUUGAACUGGUCGAUAGGGAUCGGGUUAUUGCAGAGUGCAACGAAGACCUUACAAGAGCACAUCAGGCAACGGAUGCGGCAAAUCUACGGGUGCACGAAGUAGCUCGUGAGCUCCAUGCGGUGAAGGAUUAUAUCCGCCGCUACGAACUCGACCAUGGCGGAAAAGAAAACCCUAGCAAGAUGCCCCACACAGAGAAUGAACGGGAACCGCACUUGCAAGUACAGCAGGAAGAUGUGCUCAACGUCAACUCAUCCUCUAAUCGUCAAGAUUCUCUAGGAUCAGUGUGUACAUUCUUCAGUGUUGUUUCGGUUCCUGCUGAAGUACCUGAAAUCGGUGCACCCUCUCUUGCAAGUAUGGUUGACUCCCGUCCAACAAAUGCUCUGUCUUUCGAGGCGGUCAAUGCCCGAAAACGCGACUUCGAAGACGACCUUCAGUCUGAAAGGCGACAGAGCAAAAGAGCUGCUCCAGGACAACAACCAGAAAUCAUUCCUACCACGCAAAACCACGAACCGAACGCUACACAGAAAUACCGUCAGACUACUCCGAAUCCGAGACAGCCUAUGUUGAUGACUCCACCAACGACAUGUCGAACUAGUCACGUGGGAGCCGUCAACAAGCCCACGCUGACCGGAGCAAUUCGUAGACACCUGUUUCAAGAUCAAGCCAAAAGCCAGACGGAUCACACAAGGAGGCCGGAUGACAACGAUGUACAGAUGUCUUCAGGUCCACUGAAUUACAACAAUGACAGUGACGAUGGCACUUCCGAGGCUUCAAGUCCUGCCCUCAAGACGUUGUCGGCUCUCCAAUACGCCAAGACAAAAGAUGAUGAUGUCGAUGAAGUAUCCAGUGGGAGCUCAUCUGAGUCCUCCACAGACAGUGGCGAUGACGGCUCGGAAGUGAAUGAAUUCGUACAUACCUCUUCUCCGUCGCGUCUGCCGGCUACAAGUGCCAGUCCUCUGGACCAUCACAUCACCGAGAUCUCUCAUGACGGCUCAUCAAUAGUCGCCAAUGAUGAAAGUCCGGAUGCGCGGGAACCUAUGCGGAUACUCCGCACGCUGCACGAGAUAAUAAUGCAGUGUACACCGGAGACCAUAACUGAAGUGGCCGCCCUUAGCCGCGACAGCGAUCUCGACCUCAGCCUCCGCAACCACGGAGCCACGAUCAGAGCCCUCAAAGAAAUGCUUACCGCCUGGGACCCCUCAAGUGUAAUCCCCUACCGAUCACCAACUUCUACUACUCGUCAACGCAAGCCACGAAAAGCCCCACAAACAGAAUUCUUUUGGAAAAAAAUGCUCAAGCUCAAAGCGCCCUUAAUGUCUAAACUUGGCUCUUUUACCACCACCCUGAUCAAAGAGCCUACGCUCUCCACGCUCUUUGCUAAUCAACACCUUAUACUUCGCACAAGCUCAAGCUCCAGCAAAGAGUCUGCUGAGCUAGCAAACUCGACCUACGUCAACGCAAUCAUGCGCUUAAUUGGCAUCACCCAUGCCCGAGACGAGCAGUCAGGUCUUGUUCGCGUGCUACUAUGCCUAUUCAUCUAUAUUGUGCGGUAUCCCAGCAUUACAGACUGGGUUGCUGCGUCGCAGGAGCGCAUGUCAAGUGUAGACAAACAUGUGGGAAUGUUGUUGUGGGACAAGUACAUGGCUGUUCUUGAAGGUGAUUCUACGCAGCAAGAUGGUGAUAACGCCCGGAAAGCAGCCUGGCUUAAACAGAGCAAAGAAUACGUUGACCAUGGGUCGAAGUACGCGUAUAUUGCGCAGAACACGUCCCUGGGCACGCUUGCGUUGCUUCUAUUCAACGACUGUCUGACGAGUAUGUAUGGAUGCUCAAAGGGGAGGGAAUUGUCAGGCAUUUCGAGGGAUGUGUUUCGAUAUCUGCGGGAAGCAGGCAUUGUGGAGUUGGCGAGGACGAGUGGGCUGGAUCGGGUCAUGCAUGAGUUGCUUUGGCUACUUGUAGAGAGAUUGGAGGGCGUGGAGGGACGAGGCGAAAGCAAUGAUGAAGAUGAGACGGAUGACGAAGAAGGCUGGAAGAGGUUCCCAGGCUUUGAAGGCAAUGCAUCUAGCGAUAGUGAGGAGUGAGUACUGAUGCGGGUUUUGUAUCCGGCUAUGAUGAUGUAUUUAGCCGCGCCACGAAUUGUACUGGGUAAUUCAUGUUCGGGUAGCUAUAAUUUACUUGUCUAUGC